AUGCCUAAUCAGCCUUCCCAAUUAGAUGCGCAGGGCUGGUGGGCGGUGGCUGGUCUCGUUGAGCUUGGCUACGCAGGUGCUGCAAUAGACGCGCUAAGGACAGCGGAAAGGCCGACGUCCAUGUUUAGCAUCGCCCGCAGACGGCAGACCGACGACUACUGGACAAGCCACACGCCGCCGCAGCGAUACAACACCAUGGAGGGCCCAGAGUCAGACUCAUACUCUACGACUCCUGCGUCCUCCAGCCGCCCAGCCGAAAGGGCCGCUGCUGACAGCGACGAUCGGACCCCAACGACGCUUGCACAGGCUACUACAGCCCUCCCGCCUGCGCCUCCCAAUGCCGCAACAACCCUCGCGAACUCGAGCCUUUCGUUUGGAGCCGGCAUCACGGAUCCCUCGCUGCCCAGAUACCACGUCCGCGCCCCGUCGACGGCUCUGAAGCUCGACACGGACCUCGCCAUCUCAUCCACCGCGCACCCCUCGCGCGACUCGCUCAAUCCCGCAAACCUGGAGGCCAACGGGGGCGACGCGCUGCGCCAGUCGGCCACGGCGCCGAUUCCCAUCCAAGAGGGCUAUCUGCGGACCGCCUGGUCGACGACCAGUCUGGGUUCGUUGUCGCCCGGCUCAGCUUUGUCCUCGCCCGCCCUCAACGCGCUGGGAGACAUAACCCCGCUUCCCUCACCACUGGUGAUGGGCGACUCGCCGGGGCCAUGGGCCAGAGCAGAACAUCGUCCUCGCUCACGGGGUCUAUCGGGUGCUUCUCGCGACGAAGCCUUUCCCAUCUUCUCCAAGGGCACCUUGUCGCCCUCACCCUCGCUCAGAAAGAAGGGAUACUCGGGUUUAAAGGCGGCCGCCAUCGAGGCAGCAGCAGCCAACUCGCAGCAGAAAAAUGAAGCCGCCCGUGAACGCAACAGGAGCAUCAGCGAGUACACGCCAGAUGCCAUGCACAAUGCCCGUCCUCGCAACGUCACCAUUGGCAACACGGCCGUGGAGACUGACCCCAACCCCCAGCAGCGCAUGAACCGCGAGACAUAUCUUGCGACACAGCGAGGGUUAGUGGGCGCAAAAGGACCAGCCAGGCUCCCCACCCCACCCGCUAGUAACGCAAGCAACCGCAGUGUUACCGAUACUGAGGAGGAAGACGUAGCUGACGAGGAUAAGAUUCAGUAUAUAGUGGUCCGGAGCGGGCCUCACAAGACCAAGAAGCUCUGGCGCCCGGUGCGCCAACUCGGCCAGGGCACAUUUAGCAAGGUAUAUCUUGCCACAUGCGAAGGUACCAAGGCCAAAGACCCUCUGGAUGAGAAGACAUUGGAUCCCCACAAGCUGGCAGCUAUCAAAGUGGUCGAGCACGGCCCGGCUGGGGGAGCCGACGAAGAACGGGUAGAACUCAGCCUCAAGCGAGAAGUCGAAAUGCUCCGCUCCGUCCACCAUCCGUCUCUUGUGCAUCUCCAAGCCUUCGAUCACGAUGACGCCCAAGCUCUCAUUGUCCUCACGUACUGUCCCGGUGGUGAUCUAUUUGAUGUAGCCAGUGACCAUCGCGACAAGCUGACCGUCGGCAUCGUCCAUCGCAUCUUCGCCGAAAUGGUCAGCGCGGUCCGUUAUCUGCAUGACAAACUCAUUGUCCACCGCGACAUCAAGCUAGAAAGUACUGCUUCCACCCUUUGCCGUUUGAUCGACGUGAGCCACCCUCAUGCCCUAGCCACGCUAACUGAUCUUGGCCUCUCCCGCCGCAUCCCCGCGCCCCCAGAGUCUCCGCUCCUAACCACGCGCUGUGGCAGUGAAGACUACGCCGCACCUGAAAUCCUCCUCGGUCAGCCCUACGACGGCCGUGCCACUGACGCUUGGGCCCUAGGCGUUCUGUUAUAUGCUCUCAUGGAAGGAAGACUUCCGUUUGACCCGCUCCCCGGUAAAGCAGCGUCUCGGAGUAGAGCCGCGCAUCGCAUCGCUCGCUGUGAUUGGUCGUGGGUUAAAUUCGGGAAUGAAGAUGGCGAGUGGGAUCCGGAGAAGGGGAGUGAGUGGGGUGGAGCGAGGGAAUGUGUAGAGGGGUUGUUGAAGAAGGUGUCGCGUGGGCGGAAGAGUCUGGAGGAAAUCGGGCAGAUGGAGUGGGUGAAGCAGGGGAUUCAGGUCGAGGGCGGGUUGAGGAUGAGGCCUGAGGAUGAGGUGGGAGAGGAGAGGUGA